CAUCCGACGCCAUUAAAACACAGCCCCCUUUAAAGCAAAGGUUCUUUCUAAUCGAAACCUGUAUUGCAAAAAGACCCUUUUUUAAAUUCUACACAAGAAAUGUGUGUUUGGUGUGUUUUUAGAGGGAGAGUUUUUGGUAGUGGAGUAAAAAAUGGGAGUCAACGAGAAGGAAGACAAACGCAAUUUUUGUCCACCAUCAGUUGUGUUCAUACAUCACCAAAUGAAUCUUGAAUUUUUUAAAACUUUUUGUAGUACAAAAAGUGAACACUGAGUUUUUGUACUACAAAGGUGUAGUACUUGUAAUAGUCUAUACAUUUCGAUGUGGAUUGUAUUUGUCGAUCAUUUCUAAAUUCAUUGCUAUAAAUUCUGAGCAUUGAAGACUUGAUUAUACCAGGCAGAGUUUUUUGAAAUGGGGACUAAUGAAAGGGGAGAAAUGAUGGAAAUUGAGAGGGAGGAUUUGGAAGAAACCAUUGAUCAAGAAGGGGAUCUGAAGAGAAUUCCACCAUGGACAAAACAGAUCACAAUUCGAGGAAUUGUUGCCAGUCUGUUGAUUGGGAUCAUUUACAGUAUUAUAGUAAUGAAGCUAAAUCUUACUACUGGACUUGUCCCUAACCUUAAUGUUUCAGCAGCUCUUGUUGCUUUUGUAUUUAUUCGAACAUGGACAAAAUUGCUUCAGAAGGCUAAUUUUGUGACGACUCCAUUCACAAGACAGGAGAAUACAAUUAUUCAGACUUGUGCUGUUGCUUGCUAUAGCAUUGCUGUGGGAGGUGGAUUUGGGUCUUAUCUUCUUGGAUUAAACAAGAAGACAUAUGAACAAGCAGGAGCUGAUACGGUGGGGAAUUCACCUGGAAGUUAUAAAGAACCUGGGCUUGAUUGGAUGAUUGGGUUCCUUUUUGUCGUUAGUUUUGUGGGAUUGUUGGCUUUGGUUCCUCUCAGAAAGAUUAUGAUCAUAGACUACAAGUUAUCUUAUCCAAGUGGAACUGCAACUGCUGUUCUCAUCAAUGGAUUCCAUCUAUACUUGCUUUAG